CCUGCGCGCAGGCCAGAAAAGCACAGGCCCGCCAAUCUACAAGAGAGACGUAUCGUUGAGUUUCUCGAGAGCAGCCACACACCCAACAACAGGCAGGUCCAUCAGUCGACGCAGGAAACCCGGCCCAGGGUCGCGUUCAUCCCCUGGUCGCUUUUUUUUAGGGUCAGGAAUCGUGGCUCCAUAAAAAAAUCUAAUUAAAUUCCCAGCAUGGCUCAAUCCCCCGAGUCACCCCAGUUGCGACUGCAGUCGUCUCUGGAUUCGAAUCCCGUAAAGCCGCGCGUGCUGCCAAAUAUCAACACGCUCGACGAGCACCUCCAGUCCCUACCGACCCAACCAUCAUCCCAACAGCUGCCCCAGCUGUCACAAUCCUCACGACCCUCAGAGCCCUCACAGCCCUCACAGCCCUUACAACACCACCACCCGCGCUUUUGGACACCACCACCGCCGACACAAUCACAGGCACAGGCACAGACACAGGCACAGGCACCACCGCCGUCCCAGACGUCACAGCCUGCCAGUCUGCCAGAGAGCACCAGUGCCGCCACUAGCUCCAGCACCACCAACGGCGGAGGACGCGGCGGUGAGAAGGACGCAGCCGAUGAGAGCUCGACCGUGAAACAUAGUAACACCUACCAUCACGCGCCGGGAGCCAGCCCUGCCGCUGCCGUUGCCGUCGGUGCAGCAGAGAAUUCGAUGCACCAAGUUCGGGGCAGUCAGUACGAGGCGCGAUACAACGGCGACGCGCCAAUGUUGACCGCGUCCAUGAUGUCCAACUCGCAGCCACUCCCCGGGCCUCCCCGCCAACCCGUCAACUAUGCCGGCUCGAUGCCCUACCAUCCCGACAGCCUACCGCCGACAUCGCACUACCCGUAUCCGCCGCAGGCCGUUCCGCCUGCCGAUCCUUACCGACCGACGCCAACGUCCCUUCCCAGCAUGCGAACCCUCGAUCACGGACACGGGCACGGGCACGGACACGGACACGGGCAGCCACAGCCGCCACCACAGCACCAGCACCAGCAGCACGGUAUGGCGCUGGGUGGCCACAUGGUAGCCCCAGUGGCCCCGGGCCCGUCAGGCUUGGGAUAUCACUAUGUCCACCCACAUGUUUAUGGUCUUCCCGACCCCUCUGCCGCCGGCAUGCGCUUCGCGAUCGCGCCUGGCCUGGCGGCCGACCCGCGCAUAGCCAUGAGCGGAGGCAGACACAAAAAGGAGAUCAAGCGACGAACGAAAACCGGCUGUUUGACAUGUCGCAAGCGCAGAAUCAAGUGCGACGAAGGACAUCCGACGUGCAACAAUUGCAAAAAGUCGAAGCGCGAGUGCCUGGGCUACGAUCCCAUCUUCAAGCAGCAACCGGGCCCAAGCGCCAUCCAGCCUGCCCCGAACAACCAGCAGCAACCCUCGACACCGUCCACGCUCGCGUCCCCCGCCCCGACUGUCCUGUCGUCCUCCACCACGCACGCCUACCCUCCUCCGACCGCGACGACAGCCACAUACCCGCCCCCGCCCGCUCCAAGUGUUGCAUUUGACUCCCCUGCAUCCGCAACCCCGCAGAGCAUCAAGGCCGACCAGGCAUACGACUACUCGGCGGCUAUCGACCCCGCUCUCCAAGCUGCGGAAGCCUCGAGCACGCCUGCAUCUCACUAUCAGCAGCAUAUCAAGACUGAGGGGGGCACAUCCCACACCGUUGGUGACAAGAACAAUUUGAGAGCAAAGAAGAUGAAGGUCGAUGAGCUGAUAGCACUUGGGGGCGCCUUCCCCCCAGCCCCCAGCUCGCCCCCGUCCCCCGAAACUAUCGACGAGAUGACCAAGCUGUACUACGAGGUCUACGUUCCAGGUCUGACGCUCUUUUUCGAGACGCAAUGGUAUGAUAUCGCAAAGGACCGGAUCGCGACGGUUCUCUCUGCCGCAACGCUCCCCAACGGCCAACCGCUCGUUUCUCUUUUCGCUUCCUUUGUCGACUCCAUCUCCAAAAUCCACGGCACCGACCCGAGCAAUAUGGUAGCCUCGGGCCAUCUUGAAACGUGUGUGAUUUGGGCACUCGCUCGGCUGCCGCUGCUGCCCUCUUUGAAUACUGCCCACCCACCUUCAGCAUCAAACGCUCCUGGGCGGGACUCGAACGAGGCAUGCGGUCGUCUACGUGUCUUCGAGACGCUCAUCUCCGGAGAAACGCUAGAGAGCAAUCCUUUGACACCACCGGCAGCCAGCAUGAGCCCAUCACAAAGGAGCGAGCUGGAAUUUUGGUUUCAUCUGGCGCAGUACCUUUUGCACACGCAUGCCCCAUCUUCUGGAUCUAGUACUCGUGAACAUCUUCUUGGUCUCAUGAGGUCUCUGCUGGAUGGUCGAGAAAAUCGUGAUGUGAUUUACAGCAUUGUGGUGCUCCGCGAGUUUACCCAGCGUUGGGACGCUGGCCCGAACGAGCAAAAUGUGGGAGCACAUUUGGAAGAGUCGGAUCCGCGCAGCAAGCUCGCAGUUGCCACGCGGUUCAUUCGAGACGAAGCUGCCUCAACGGGCGGGACGACAAAUGUUGUGCGGCGUCUUUCCGAUCUGGCCUAUCGAGCAUUUGUUCGACCUGGUGUCAACGUCAACAGAACCGGCAGGGGUGGUUAGCAUUCAUGGGUGGAAGGUAUCAGCCGCCUCUUUUUCUACCAGCCUCGCACGCUUAUAAUUUGCCGUCUGUAUCAAGGGUCCAGCUGGUGCCGGUCCGUCUAUCACGCGCUUCGGUAUUUUUUCUGAUCGCAAAUCACCAUUCUCACGGCAGUUUGAUGACGGCCUGGGUCUUUCCUUGUACAAUACGUUUUGUGGGAUUUCUUAGGGAAGCGGAAGAGGGGAUAUCUCGUCGGGUUGCUGUCUGCUGUCGACGAAAUCGUUCUCUGAACAGAAAUGAAGAAGAAAAAAAAGGGGGGGUGUCGGAGGCUAGCAUAGUCCUGCAUUUGGGCGUGGGGUGCACAAGGAGUUUCAUGGGGCUGCAAAAACUUGAUAUAAAAGAAAGCUGCAUCUGGUGGCAGGCGAUGGAAUCUGCAUUUUCUUUCUUUCUCUGCUUGCAUACAACCUGGCGUUCUUCUCAGUGGGAGCCAAGGUGAAGCGGUCUCUUACAUUUUAGAUUUUCAAACAUUGUAGAAUCUUUCAACUACAUACUGACCAAAUACAUUGAGCUUCGCGGCGGAAGGGUGCAGGAACUUUGAUCCCGUCCCCGUGUCUUCGUUUGUUCAGAUGUGGUGGACUUUUUGCCUCAGCCUGAUGAGGCCUUUUUAUAUCAUGUGUGUGAACUUGACAGUUUGGUCUAUAGAGGACGAGACGGCAACCACGCCAGCUUGAGGUUUUCUUCCGUAAUUUCGUGAGAGAAAUCUACUCCAGCACAAAAGAUGGCAACAUGCUUCCACAACUACUACCGACUCAAC